GAAAGGACCAAGACCAAGAAACAAGAAACUCCAUAGAUGGAUCUUUCGCUCGGAUCUUUAGCUCCCAUAUUCAUAGCUUCUCUCUUCCUCUUCUCCGUUUUUGCAACUCUGUUCAAGAAACAAAAACAUAGAAAAGCUCCUGAACCUACGGGUUCAUGGCCCAUACUCGGGCACCUUCACCUUUUGGGCGGGAAGAACAACCUUCUCUACCGGACGUUAGGAGCGUUAGCGGACGAAUACGGGCCGGCUUUCGGUCUGCAGCUCGGUAGCCAAAAGGCUUUGGUUGUGAGCAGUUGGGAUGUGGCUAAAGAGUGUCUCACAGUGAAUGACAGGACCUUCGCUUCGCGUCCAAAGACGGUGGGAGCGAAACACAUGGGCUACAACUAUGCCCUCUUCGGUUUUGCGCCUUACGAUUCAUACUUCCGAGAUAUGCGCAAGAUCGUAACCUUUGAGCUUCUCUCUAACCAGCGUAUUCAGAAGCUUAGCCACGUCCGUAUUUCUGAAAUCGAGAUGGGCAUCAAAGACAUAUAUAACUUGUGGUCCAAGAAAGGCGGGUCAGGCCCUGUACUCGUUGAUGUGAAGCAGUGGUUGGAGGACUUGAACCUCAACAUGAUUGUGAAAUUGGUGGCGGGAAAGCGUUACGCCUUUGGAGAUGCUACAGCAGACGAAGCUGACGAGGCAAGGCGAUGCCCAAAGGCCACUGCGCGGUUCUUUCAACUGAUGGGUCUUUUCGUUCUCUCCGAUGCUCUUCCUUUUCUGGGACGGUUUGAUCUGCAGGGCCAUGAGAAAGAGAUGAAGAAGAAUGCUGCCGAGAUCGAUGGAAUCCUUGAAGGAUGGCUCCAAGAACAUGAAAGAAGGAGAGCUUUGGGGGAAACUGAUGGUGAUUCUGAUUUCAUUGACGUUAUGUUGUCGCAAAAAGAACAAGGGAAGCUGUCCAAUCUCAAGCAUGAUGAAAGAACCGCCAUCAAAGCUACUUGCCUGGCAAUGAUCCUGGGAGGAAGUGAUACUCUUGUAGGAACACUUGUAUGGGCCUUCGCUCUGCUGGCAAACAACCGGGAAAUACUGAAGAAAGCACGAGAGGAAAUAGAUUUCCACGUCGGUAAAGACAGAAAAGUCGAGGAUUCAGACAUCGAAAAACUAGUUUAUCUACAAGCAAUCACCAAAGAAACACUCAGAUUGUACCCGGCAGCUCCUCUCCUAGGCCCACGGGAGGCUACAGAAGACUGCACAGUCGCGGGUUACCAUGUUACCGCGGGGACAAGAUUAAUGGUUAACGUAUGGAAGGUCCAUAGGGAUCCAAAAAUUUGGCCAAACCCGGAUGAAUUCAUCCCGGAGAGAUUUCUGGAAGGAAAAGCAUCGGAGUACAGUGUCAGGGGACAGAGCUACGAGCUCUUACCGUUUGGAUCAGGAAGAAGAUCAUGCCCGGGUAUCUCAUUGGCCGUGCAAGUGCUCCACUUGUUGCUCGCUCGAUUCCUUCACUCGUUCGAUAUGAGCACUGUCUCGGGCAUGGACGUGGAUAUGGGUGAGAGCCCUGGCUUGACCAUUCCUAAAACCAAACCUCUUGAAGUUCUUCUUAGCCCUCGUCUCAAGAAAGAGCUCUACGACUGUUGAGGAGAAUUCUUAUACAUGGAAUGUUCACUUGAAAAAAAAAACAAUAUAUUUAGGGUUUGAAUAAGGUCGAAGAAGCUGGUCUUCCUCGCUUCUUUAAUUUCUUUAGGGCAAAUAAUAGCUCAUUAUGAUUUGUUUGUUUGUUUCCUUCUCAUCGAAUUUUAUUCCUUCUGUAAAAAAAAAACUAUUUGUACAAUAGCUAUAUCUACGAGUGAAUAAAAGAACCUCGUUUUU